AUGUCUAUCACUCUUUGUCACGAGUCUCUUAGAACAACCCUGAGCGGAACUGAGGUCUCUGGGAUAGCGCAGUUUCGUGGUAUUCCUUACGGCUACAUACCGCGCCGUUUUGAAGAAGCUAAGAAGCUAGAUCAGCUUCCAGGACACCUUGAUUGCACCAAAUUUGGCCCUCGUUGUCCUCAGAUCCAAGCUGAUGUAGGCCACUUACUACGCAUUCCGCCUCAUCACAAACUUCCCGUCGAGCCGGAGGACGAAUUUGAGUGCACUAACCUCGACGUAACGCUGCCCAAGCUUGAUUCUCUAUCAAGCUUAGACAAACUGCCAGUUCUGGUGUGGAUCCACGGAGGUUCACAAGCCGUGAGCUUUGGAACUGCUGCUUCUGGAAUUUGUGAGUCUUAUGCGUUUCUUUCUCUGACAGAUAUGACAACAAUUGUUGCCGAUUCAGUUCGUCAACGUAAACCUAUCAUCUCUGUCACUGUCCAAUACAGACUGAAUAUAUUUGCACUCGGAAAGGGAAACGGAGAGGGGCCAGUGAACUUAGCUCUACGAGACCAGGCACUGGCACUUCAAUGGAUUCAGGAACAUAUUUCUGGCUUCAAGGGCGACCCGACUCGAGUGACUUUGGCCGGCGAAAGUGCUGGAGCAGUGUACUGUCACGCUCAUCUCACGCGAAAUGCCCCUGUCCAGCAAUACAUCCUUUCAUCUGGGACCUUAUACCUUUCGCCACCUCAGUCACCCAAGUCAGUCCAGACUCUGCGUGACGCAGUUCUAAAGCAAGUUAAAGCUAUCAAUCCGCUCCUUGACUUAGAUACUGCAUCAGUAGAUGAGAUCACCAAGGCAGUCAGACAUAGCGGCCUACAGUCUUUCUGCCUUGAAUGGGAAGAACAAUUUGAGGACUGGCAAAAUAGCAGCCUUGAGUCCAAGCGCAUCAUGCUAGGCGACGUGAAUAAGGAGGCAGUUAUCUGGCAAACAGGUGUGCGUCUUUUAAGCCCAAACGAGAUCCUCGCGGCAUUUGAUGCUGCAGGAGAACAUAGUGAUGAGCUCAAGAAGGCAUACCAUAUCUAUAUGGAUAGGCCGUCAUCCUGUUACAAUGGCGCCAUAGACUUUAUCAAUGACUAUAAAUUCUUACUGCCGAUACAGCGUCUUGAGAAAUUCUUCAGGCGCGAUGCUCAGAUUCCGAUCUUUAGGUACUUGAUAGACGAGGCUAAUCCCUGGCAACCGUCGAGUGGAGCCCAUCAUGCAGUAGAUCUCAUCUUACUGUUCGGAGGCUUCGAUCUGAGCUUCUCGCGUGGCUCAGAGUUGACUGGUCAGGCUAUGCGUGACAUCUGGACCAAGUUCAUCAACGUGGAGCAGCCAUGGACCUCUUCAGAAUCUGGGCGCUGCUAUGGCUUUGGACCUCAUGGAGUAUCUAAGGUGUUGAAUGAUUGGGAAGUUAAAGCACGUCGCAGAAUCGCUGAGGCAAAUAUACUAGAGAAGAUGGAUAGUAUGCUAUUAGAUAGAGCGUUUGUUGCUCUUGCUGCGGGUAGAGUAAGUUUAUCAAACUAG